AGAGUUCUAGCGCCUGGUUUGAAUCCUGCCGUUACGCACAGUCUGGUGAUAGUGACCCAGCCGGACUAAGGCAGGGAGGUGAGUGCAGACACCGGGGACCAUUCAACCGGGAAAGGGAAAUUAUUAAUAUCCAACAUGGCACAAAAUGUAAUUUCCCCAUAUGUAUUUUCCGAUGAUGAGGAUAUGCCAGUCUUUGAAUCCACUGCAGCUGAUUGUGGGGUAGGAAUACGAAAGGACCUUCUUUCUGAUUUUUCUGUCAUCUCACCGGGUAUAGGACACCGUUCACAGCUACUGCCAGAGGAAGGGAGCGAGAAGGUCCUGGUUUAUGUUAGGAUUAGGCCUUUUGUAGAUGGUGAGCUAGAGAAGAAAGAGGACCAGGGUUGUGUUUUGGUAGAAAAUCAGGAGACUCUUGUGUUACGAGCUCCCAAGGAAUCCUUCACUAUGAAGAACACAGAACGUGGUAUGGGACAAAGUAUUCAUAAAUUCACUUUCUCUCAGAUUUUUGGUCCAGAAGUGGAUCAGAAGCAGUUUUUUGAUGGAACUAUGAGGCGUGUCAUGAAAGAUGUACUCAAUGGGCAAAACUGGCUCGUCUACACAUACGGUGUCACAAACUCUGGCAAAACCUACACCAUUCAAGGUAGUGCCAGGGAUGGGGGCAUUCUUCCUCGUUCUGUAGCACUCCUCUUCAACAGUGCCCACGAUCGUCUGUACAAAAGCUCAGAUCUUAAACCACUUUCCAAUGAAGUUAUCUGGCUGGAUAGCAAGCAAGUGCGUCAAGAAGAGCUAAAAAAGUUGUCUUUGCUCGCCAACAUUCGUGAGGAAGAGCUUUUCAUUCCCUUGAAAAACAGCAGCAACAAUUCUCCAAUUCCUGCAGGAACAAGUAUCAGCUUUGACAGUGGUAUUGGGGGUCUUUCUUCCACAAGUCAUGUCAAUCAUACAAGCAGUCAGCUGGAAGAGUCCUGCUUACGUCUAGGUUAUCAAGAUGCAGUUUCCAUGGAGGAACCAAUUGAUGUCCAGCUGUCCAUAUGGGUAUCCUAUUUUGAAAUUUACAAUGAGUUUGUGUACGAUUUACUGGAACCAUUACCUUCUGGGCCAAAUCGCAAACGUACAACACUGAGGUUAUGUGAGGACCGGAAUGGAAACCCUUUUGUAAAAGAUCUCAACUGGAUUAAUGUCCACAGUGCGGAGGAAGCCUGGAAAAUCAUACGGGUUGGAAGGAAAAAUCAGAGUAUUGCCAGCACUCACCUGAACCAGAAUUCUAGCAGAAGCCAUAGCAUAUUCUCCAUUCGGAUUCUUCACUUGCAGGGUAAAAAUGAUAUGAACCCCAAGAUUAGUGAACUCUCUUUCUGUGACUUAGCUGGUUCGGAACGCUGCAAGGAUCAACGAAGCGGAGAUCGCCUUAAAGAGGCAACCAAUAUAAAUACAUCACUUCAUACACUGGGUCGAUGCAUCGCCGCACUGAGACAGAACCAGCAACAAAAGCUGCGUCAGAACAUGGUUCCGUUCAGGGACAGCAAGCUGACACGUGUUUUCCAAGCAUAUUUUACUGGUCGAGGAAGGUCUUGCAUGAUUGUCAACAUUAACCAGUGUGCUUCCACGUAUGAUGAGACCCUACAUGCCAUGAAGUUCUCUGCUAUUGCAAGCCAGCUUGUUCAAGCUCCAGUAGUGAGAAUGAAUAUUCCAACCAUUCAUUCGCUUAUGAAGGAGAACAGCAUGCUGGCCAACCGUAGCUGCACAGAUGAAGAAGAUGCAGACUUAUCUGAUGGAGAAAGUGAUGAUGAUGCAGACAUUACAAUGUUUAAUCGAGAGGAUCUGUUGAGAGUCAUUGAAAGCCUGAAAGAGCUUUUAACAAAAGAGCGUCAGGAGAAAUUUACAAUGGAAUUGAAUAUCCGUAGAGAGGUUUGUGAUGAGAUGAUGGAAAUGAUGCAGCAACAGAAAACCCAGUACAGUGACCUACUGGAAGACGAGAAAGGUCUUUUGGAGGAAAUGUAUGAUGACCGUUUGGAGAACCUUAAAGAAUCGCUCAGUAAUUAUUACAAACGGGAGUUAGAGGAACGAGAUGAGCGGAUUGAGGAGCUCGAAGCAGCACUGCAGGAAGCAAAAUCUGUGCCGAACACUUCGAUGUCUGUUGAAAAAGACACUGCUCCUUUGAGAAGAUCUAAGAGACUUGCAACUACCGACAACUCUGAAUUAGAAAGGCUGAAACAAGAACUUCUGUCUAUGAAAGCAGAAAUGCAGGCGAAGAAUGACGAAAUUGAGAGGUAUAAGAAAAUGCAAGAGCCUCCUGUCUCUGCCAAGUCCUUUACUAUUGAUGUGGACAGGAAAAUUCUGGAGGGACAGAGGCAUUAUGUUCUGGGCUCAUCUGUCAGGUGCACAGAAUAUCGGCACACAAGAGCUCUUUGGAACGUGAGAUUGCUUCGGGGAGAAUUACAGAAAUUUGGCGACUCCUUGCAGCAAGUGGACCGAGCCUGCUGCCACACUACUGGAUCAGAGAAACUCCGGAAUGCACUUGGUAACUGCGAUGAGAUUUUAUCAAAGCAGGAGAAGACUCUAGCAGAACUUCAAAACAACAUGGUUCUGGUGAAAAUGGACCUGAAGAAGAAGGCAACCUGCAUUGCUGAGCAAUAUCACACAGUGCAGAGACUACAGGGAACUCCGUCCGGUUUUAAACGCAUCUGCAAUAAUGAGAAUAUUCAGCCAACACAAUCCACCGAAAAGAGACCUUUCCUCCGUAACUUGUUGAGCAGAACCCCAGGACAGAAAGGACUAACUGAAAAUGGCCCGUAUAGCAGGGUCCUUCGUGCUCGUAGAUCUCCUGUACUGAAGACUAUUGCCUUUGGUACAAAGUUUUGAGAAAUCCCACUUUUUCCUCAUUUUGUUCUUAUCACUGCAUACUAAUGGCAACCAUGUUUUAUUUUAGUCUUUAUAUUCUUAUUUAGUCUGCUCUAACAAAGAUCUUAUGUAGACAGCUGCAUAUCUAUUUUCCCUUUUUGUACAAAAUUAAACUA